CAUAGAUGCUGCUGCACCCACUGAGUUUCUCCAGCUUUUUUGUGUACCUUCGAUUUUCCAGCAUCUGCAGUUCCUUCUUAAAUAAAUAAAUAAAUAAAUAAAUAAAGUGAGUUUAUUGGCCAAGUAUUCACAUACAAGGAAUUUGCCUUGGUGCUCCGCCCACAAGUAACAACAUGACAUACAGUGACAGUUACGAAUGACUCAGAAAACACCAAACAUUAAUAAUAAUAAAACAUUAAUGACAAAACACCAAUUGAUCAAGCAUGCGAACCAACAACAUACUUGUUGGUGCUCCCGUUUCCUCCCACACUCCAAAGACGUGCAAGUUAAUUGUAGGUUAAUUGGCUUCGGUGAAAAUUGUAAAUUGUCCCUAGUGUGUGCAGGAUAGUGUCAGUGAGCGGGGAUCGCCGGUCGGCAUGGACUCAGUGGGCCAAAGGGCCUGUUUCCGUGCUGUAUAUGUAAACCAAACUAAACCAAACUAAACUUAACUCAACCCCGGGAACUAGUGCAGUCUGUAGCAGUCUUCGAAUGACCAAACUCGCAACCAAAUAGGGGGGUAUUUAUAGAACUGACCUGUCCUGUCAGCUGUUGACUGCUUUAUCACACUUGUGUAUGUGUUUGUCCACUGGUAAAUCCUUAUCACAUUUCCACUGCCCUGUGUGUGUAGCUGCCUGCCUGCUAGGACCCAUUAGUGGCUGUUACCUCAAGAACCUUCCAAGCUCCCAACAACACAAGGGAACAGAGUUAGUGGCAACUUUUUCACAGAAGAUCAAGCAGGUGGAUCAGCCCACGCCCCCCGUCUCCCCCACCUCCCCCGUCGCCACCGCCGCAGGGUUCAUCAAGCGGCUGGUCCGCCAGACCGAGGAGGAGGCGAAAGAGAGCCGUCUGCAGGAGAAGGAGAGGAGAGGCGACCAGCAGAAUCCCGGUAAACUGGAUGAUAGUGUGGUUCAACAUUUUUCACAUUUGACCCAGAAUGAAAGCCAGCCUCUAGUGGACAGCAUGGAUGGUCGGACUCAGGUACUGGUGAAUGGGCUCCAUGGUGACGGACCAGAUUCACAGUCAACAUCAACGCCGGAGGAGACGACGAGGGCCGAAUGCAGGCGGGCCAAGGUCUUCAGGAAACCGAAACCCCUCAAGGUAUCGGAGGCGUCGGGGGAGCUAACGGACGCGGACAGUCGCCAGCGCAGGGCGGAUCCGCUGCCCACCGUUGUAGGCCCCGUCGCCGUGGAGACCAGCGGCAGUGGGCAAGAACAGCUGGCAAAGGAGGAUGGGAAAUCUCGGGCGCUUGACCCUCCAGGGGAUGAGAAGGGGGCAGGAGAACGGCAGGAGAUUCUCAGCGGCCGAGAGGCGGGUCAGGAGGUUGAGGAACAUGACAAGGAACAAGUGGAAUCGGAGAAGGUACAAGAUGAUGUUUGGUACGAGACAGACAGAGUGUGGUAUGUUGAAAAGGACGGCUUCACUUCAGCGACGGUGCUGAAACCAGACGUGGGAACACCCGAGCUCCCAGAGGGACAAGUCCGGAUCCGUAUCGAGAGUGACAACCGACUCGUGGACACGGACGAAGAUCUCGUACACAAAGUGAACCCGUCCAGGUUAAAUUACGCGGAGGACCUUGCUCAGCUCACCCACCUGAACGAGUCCAGCGUUCUUCAUGUUCUCCAGCACCGUUUCGGCUCGCAGCUGGUCCACACCAAGGCCGGGCCUGGUCUCCUCAUCAUCAAGCCCUCGGGCACCGUGGCCAACUAUUCCGGGAAGCUGUUUAGGUGCAAGAGGAAGGAGGGACUGCCGCCGCACGUUUUCGGGGUGGCGCAGAAAGCCUACUGGGACAUGUUGGAGCACCGGAGAGACCAGAGUAUCAUCCCCCUGGGGUGGAGCGGGGCGGGCAAGACCACAAGCUGCCAGAGUGCGCUGGAGUACAUCGUGGAGGCCGCGGGCAGUGCCAGCCCCUCUGUGACAGUGGAGAAAAUCCAGGCGAUGUUCACCGUUCUCCGAGCGUUUGGCACGGUCCCCGCUCCGCGGAACAACCACACCACUCGAUUCUCAAUGGUGGCAUCCCUGGACUUUGAUCAGAUGGGUCGAGUGUCAUCAGCCCAUCUCCAGACCAUGUUGCUGGAACGAAUCCACGUGUCUCAGCGGCCAGAUGUUGAGGGAACGUUUAACGUCUUUCACCAGAUGUUGGCGGGCUUGGACCCAUCAUUCAGGACUGAGCUGCACCUGCACCACAUGGCGGAGAGCCACCUCUUCGGGAUUGCGGCCUUGCCCAAUGUGGAGGGGAAGCAGAGAGCAUCGCAGGCAUUCAGCAAACUCCUGGUCGCCAUGGAGACGCUGGGAUUCAAGAUGGAGGAACAGAGGGCCCUCUGGCAUGUCCUGGCGGGCAUCUAUCACCUGGGAGCGGCCGGAGUGUGCAAAGUUGGCAGGAGGCAGUUCAUGAAGUUUGAAUGGGCACAGAAUGCCGCUGACGUCCUUGGAUAUGAACUGGAGGAACUCACCACUGCUGUGUUCAAACAUCAUCUCAAGCAGGUCAUUCAACAGGCGACCGGCAAGGUUAAUCCAUCCAGCGCAGCAGAGAGCACUACAGCUCCUCGGUUGACCGGUGAGGAGUGUGUGGAAGGGAUGGCUGCUGGAUUAUACGAAGAACUGUUUGGCAUUAUUGUCAUGCUCAUCAACAGGUCAUUUUCUUCCCAGCAGUUGUCGCUGACCUCCAUCAUGGUGCUGGACUGCCCGGGCUUUCAGAAGCCGGGCCGUGGGCAGGAGCGAGCUGCGACGUUCCAGACCCUCUGCCACAACUAUGCGCAGGAGCGGCUGCAGGCCUUCUACCACCAGAAGGUCUUCGUGUCUCAGCUGGAAAGAUACAAAGAGGAAGAUGUUCAGUUGACCUUUGACAUGGAUGAAGUGUCCCCCCUCGCUACGGUGUCAGUCAUCGAUCAAACGUCAAAUCUGUUCAAGGUUCAGCUACCCAUGCAUGAGGAGAGCAAGGGACUGCUCUGGAUUCUUGACGAAGAGGUCUUGGUUCAGGACUCCAAGGACAGCGUGGUCCUCGACCGCCUGUGCGCCUACUUUGAGAAGAAGGGGCUGAAGAAGGAAGAGAAGCAGCCACUGCGGAGAUGUGAACAGGAGCAGCAGUUUGUGAUUUCCCACCAACUUGGGACUUGCCCCGUGCGAUAUGACCUGACGGGGUGGAUUAACAAAGCCAAGCCCAACCAGUCCCUGGAAAACGCCAGCCAGGUGCUGCAAGAAUCCAGAAACGUCUCCCUCAAGAAGCUCUUCUCGUCCCGGUCCAAAAUCCCGGCCAUCUGCCGGUCGGUGUCCGGGCUGGAGGGAACGUCCCAGCAGUCGCUGCAUCGAAUCAGCUGCGUACGGAAAACAUUCAGCAGCAGCUUUGCAGCGGUGAAGAGGAAAUCUGUCUGCGCCCUCAUCAAACUCCAAGUGGAUGCUCUCGUAAACCUGAUCAAGCGAUCCGAACCACAUUUUGUCCACUGUUUCGUCGCCAGGCCAGACGGGGGCGAUCCAGAAGGGAGGCUCCUCCCUCCACAAAGGGCCGGCGAUGUGUUGGAAGCGCCCACCUCCAGAGGCCAUUCACCGUCUACCUUUGAUAUCCCCACACUCAGGUCUCAGCUCCAAGGGUCUCAGCUAUUGGACGCACUUCGCCUCUACAGGCUGGGAUUUCCCGACCACAUGGUGUUUGGCGACUUCAGGCGCCGCUUUCAGGCCCUCGCCCCGGACAUCGUGAAGAAGUACGGAGCCUCCUUCAUGGUGAUCGAUGAGAGGAAGGCCACUGAAGAACUACUUGGCUUGUUGGACUUGGAAAAACACAGCUUUACCCUGGGACAGAGUCGGAUCUUCUUCAAGGCUGGAGUGGUUUCACAGCUGGAGAAGCAGCGUCAGAGACAGAUCACCCAGAGGUUGAUCCCACUGCAGGCACUCUGCCACGGGUUCCUCGGCCGACAGCAGUUCAAGAAAAUGAAGACCCAACGCUUAGCUCUUCGCUGCAUCCAAAAGAACUUCAGGAAGUACUUGGCCGUUUACCAGUGGGGCUGGUGGCAGCUGAUGUCCCGUGUCAGACCAAUGCUCACCAUUAACUUGGCCAACGGAAACCUUCAAAGCAAAGAGGAAGAGGUCAGUGUUUUGCGGAAGAAGCUGGAGAAAUCCGACCGGGAACGCAACGAGAUGCGAGGGCAAGCUGGACUUCUCGAGGGCAAGAUUUCGGACCUGACAGCGGAGCUUUCCGACGAACGUUUCAAGGGUGACGUGACGUAUCGGGUACUGGAGGGCGAGCGUGCAGAGAGGCUGCGGCUAACGCAGGAACUGAAGGCCAUGCAGGGCAAGUACGAGAAGGUGGUGAGGGAUUUAACUUCUGUGGAGAAACAAUUGGAAGAAACAUUCCAGCAACUGCAGUCCAGGGAGCUGGGAACAACUGUGACGGAGGAAGAAUGGAAAAUGCAGUAUGACUGCACGCAGAUGGAAAUGGAGUUCCUCAAGAAACGGAUUCACACGUUUGAGGAGAGGAUAGAGUCAGAGCUGCAGAUCCGGAAGGAACUGGAACAAAAGCUUUCAGAUCUCCAGGGAUGUUUCGACAGUGCCAAGCGGGAGGCCCAGCAGCUCCGGAGAAAAGGGAAGCGACUCUCCACGGAUUUGGAAGACACCAAAGUGUUGAUGGAAGGUCAACAAAGCCGCAACCACGAGCUGGAGAAGAAACAGAAAAGGUUUGAUAUGGAGCUGGCUCAGGCGCUGGGGAAGUCAGCUUUCGAGAAGACCCUUCGCGACAAGGUGUCAUUGGAAAGCCAAGCAUUGAGGGCCGGACUUUAUCGGGCACAGCAGGACCUGCAGGCGAAAGAAUCUGAAGCCAAGGCGCUGAAUCGGCAGAUUGAGGAGCUGAGAGUCGAACUGCGCGAUCUCACGUCCCGCGAGCCUCAGAGCAAGGAGACGGUGGCGCAGAUCAAGAAGCAGCUGCGCCAACUCGAGGCCUCGACGCAGGAACAGAGCAAAGAGAUCAACGAGCGAGUGGGGACCAUCGAACAACUGGAGCAGACACUCCUCCGUUGCGAAGUGGAGCUGGCCAGGAUGGAGCAGAUUCACUCCAAGGAGCUGGAAGACAAGGAGGAGGAGCUGGAAGACGUCCGCAGAACCUGCCAGAGAAGGCUCCGACAGUUGGAGAUGCAGCUGGAGCAAGAGUUCGAGGAACGCCAGUUGGUCCUUCACGAGAAGCAGGACCUGGAGUCGCUGGUGGGAACGCUUUGUGAGCAGAUCGGCCAUCGGGACUUUGAUGUGGAGAAGCGGCUUCGUAGAGACUUGCGGCGCAAGAAUGCACUGCUGGUGGAUGCGCAACUGCUGCUGGGCACCAUGCAGGAGCCGGGCCAGAGCGGCAACAAGCUGGAGCUGGAGAGACUGCAGUUACUGUUGCAGGAGAGUCGGGCUCUGUGUGCGGAGACAGAGAGUGAUCACAAAUCCACAUUGCGGGACGUGGGGGAUCUCCAAUUCAUGCUGGAAGAUAUUCAGAGGGACAAGAAAACGGUGGAUGAACAGCUGUACCAGUUGGAACGUGAGAAGUCUGAUCUGCUUCGACGUCUCGAAGAAGACCAGGAGGACCUGAAUGAGCUGAUGAAGAAACACAAGGACCUCAUAGCUCAGUCGUCCAGUGACAUUGCUCAGAUACAAGAGUUGCAGACUCAGUUGAAGGAAGUCGUAAACGAGAAGCAGAACCUUGGAGAGAAGUUGCAGGUGGCGCAGAGCAGGAUCGAUUACAUGGAGAACUCGAUGGUGGAGCGGGGGAUUGUCAGCCAGCAAGAAGCGAUCAUCUGCGAUCUGGAGAACAAGCUCGAGUUCCAGAGAUCGCAACUGAAGAGAUUUGAGACGUUGGUGCUUCGGCUGCGAGACAGCGUGGUGCGGAUGGGUGAGGAGCUGGAGCAGGCUGCGGAGGCAGAGGCCCGCGAGAGGGAGAUGGCCGGCCGUUUCCAGCAGCGCGUGGAGGAGAUGAAGGUGGAGAUGGAUGAGCUUGCUCAGAGGGAGAUGGAGGCGUCGCGGAAGGGCAUGGAGCUGGGCUCUCAGGUGGAGAGUCUGGUGGCGAUGAACCAGACGUUGCAAGCUGACCUUGAAACGUCAAUAAAACGGAUCGCUGAUCUGCAGACAUCCUUGGAAGAAGUGUCCAGCGACGAGAGUGACAAUGAAGAGAAAAGAGAUAAACAGUCCAUCGUGGGGUCGCUUCUGACCAAUGAUCGUAGCGGUUCGACGAGGUCGUGGCUGGGGUCGUCUGCAGGCCGUUCACCCACGUCGGGGCCUAGCGUUGCUGGAAGCCUGACGCAAGGAUCGGCAGCCGAUAGUGUCAGCCUCCUGGGGUACAGGUCAGCGAGGAGUGAGAUGGAUCAAGUCAACAGCAGGCCGAGCUCUUCGAUGAGUGGAUCCAGCUUCAGAAGUCGAGACUUUGCGAAGAGUCCCGAGCAGAGAAGACCUCCUUCCGAAGAGGAGAGGCCCCCCAGUUCCUCGGUUGCAUUGUCCGAGUUCCUGGAGGAGCUGAGGAGGAAGCGAGUGGGUGAGAGAGACCAGCUGGGCUUGCCAAUGGACGAGGCCUCCACCCUGCCCAUCUACCAGACGGCGGGCAUGUCGUCCCUCAGGAAGCGCCCCGCCCUGGAGGCCGACGAUGGCGGCCCUCUCCUGGGGCCGGAGGCGCGGAGCCUCUCCUCCCUGGGGGGCCGCGGAUGUCCGGGCUUGGUCCGGUCGUUGAGCCUCCGGUCCCUGCCCGCGGCCGGAGGGGACGCCACCGACAGGAGAAGCAGGUACGGCUCGUGCGAAAUGUUGGCCUCGCCCAUCGCCGCUGGUCAACGGCCGAGUGUCCCCCCGAUGCCCAGGCCCAAGACCCCCCAACGCAAGUGGCCGGGGCUGGACGAAGACAUCGACGUCCUCCUCGCAGGCAGGCCCAUGGUGUUCAAAAGCAAGCGGUUCAGCCCCCUCCUUGCCGGCGAGGACCCCGACAGCGAGGCCUCCUCCCGCUCCUGGACCAUCCCGAGCCUCAGCUACGAGCGGGGGAAGGGGAAGGCGUCCGGCGACAGCGACAUUCUUCCCGCCAUCCGGAGACCGCAGGGCCCGCCCGACGUGGCCCACGACAACACGGGCCACCGCGCCCUCAGUUCGGACGCCUCGCUCGCCAAAGGCCCUCCCAGCCCGGCCUGGUGGAAAAAGACAAUGGUGGUGCGGCCUCGCUCGUCCGAGCCCCACGGCAACCUCUCCGACUCUGACUCGUCUUCGGGCUCGACCGUGUCGUACAAGAGCGCAGACAGCGUCAAGAACCGACCCGGUGGGCCUCGGCCAAGGGGUGAUGAGGAGGAGGGGGGGGGAAAUGGAGGCCUGAAUGCCCAGCCGAGGGACGCGGUGGAAGUGAAGUCAGAAACUAAUGACAUUAACUCCGUUAUGAGGAAGUACCUGAAAAAGCCAGACAACGAGUAAACAGCCUGAAGCUUUGUACAAUGAAGACCCGGAUGGGAAAGUGCAGCCGGAAUGGGAAAGGGAUGUCCUGGUCAAGAAGGCCGGAGAGGAAAACUGAGGGGUGCACAAACAAGGGGUGCACAAACCGCACCGAUUGGAAAACAAUGGAGCGCCAUGCUUGAAACGGGAAUUAAAACAUCGAGCUCUUGUCCGUCUGUCUGCUUCCACUGUCUGUUGGAACCAUUGAAAGAUUUGGUUCAUUGUUCUAUGGUGGGUUUGUAACAUAAUUGGUCUCUGUAAAAAAUAUGUGCCCACAACAUGUAGGGUGUUUGCAAAAGUGGGAUAACAUAGAACUAGUGUGAAUGGUUGACCGAUGAUCGGUGUGGGCCAAAGGGCCUCUUUCAAUGCUGUAUCUCUAAACAAAACAAAUUGGAGGAACAGCAUCUCAUAUUUGGCUUGGGCAGCUUACACCCCAGCGAUGUGAACAUUGACUUCUCUAACUUCAAGUAGCCCUUGCUCUCCCUCUCUCCCCAUCCCACCCCUCUUCCCAGUUCUCCGACUAAUCUUAGGGUGGCACCAGGGAGGAGAUUGAGGCAGGGACCAUCGCAACGUUUAAGAAACAUUCA